UACUUAAUGGAAGAUGUCGUGCGCCCUUUGUUGCCCUCGGUUCAAGCCUCUGUGAGCCAAGCACCCGACCAGCCUGCCCCAGAUCCUCCAGCUCCUUUGCCUCACCAUGUUCGCGCCGAUAGCGGAGAUCAAGGGAGUGAAGCGCCAGAGCGACACCGAUUGAAUGUGCCAGACGGACACGUCGAACAACGACGAGAUCAAACCCAACGGCCGCCUCCUGAACUUGAUGUGCCGCCUCCUCCGCCAGCAUGAGGCAGCCCACCAGGCCGACGCGAGGGACGACAACUUUACCCUCACCCUCAAGGCCGGCACGAAGCUCGAGAUGGCGCUGGAGGAAGGCCUCCAAAACUACAUCGUGACAGGCAAUGCCGCGCGGGAAGGCGAGAACUUCCAAGGACACCCUCUCGGGAAGAAGCCAGACGCGCUCCUGAGGAGCGUGAUCUUCCGCCUCGCCCAAGCCUACACGGGCAACGUCAAGGAGGUAGAGGACGCGGCGAAGAACGGCCAGGCCCACGAACUGGUCCAAAACGCACUGCAGGUGCUGAAGCAGUGGGGGGCCAUCGCUCAGGACAUGGAUGUGAUCGUACGUGCGACGAUAUGCUUCAAGGUCAAGCUGACAGAAGGGGCCGAAGACCAAGUUCGCUGGAUCUGGGCAGUCAACCAUCACCCAGACCUGAAGUCGGCGCUGACCGUCCUCAGGACCAACGGCGCGCUCAAGGCCGCCCACGUCCUACUGGGGCACGACCACGGACAGCGCUCAAAGGUAGCCAAGCAGAUAGAGGAGCUCGCCUUCCGAAAAAAAAACACAAGCAAAAGGCAGCCCCCAAGAAGCCGAAGAAGAAGUAGCCCGCCCAGAUGGGACUCUCACGAGUUUGUUCAAGCGUCAGAGGAUGAGCCGCGCCACAGACUAACACAUGGAUGGGUGGUGGCUUAUCUCGUAUUCUCUGGUGGUCGCUGGCGCUACACACUAUGCUCUGCCCUGGGUGCGACGCGUAUCUCCGGCCUCGGCCGUGAUGGCGGUGGGGGUGAUGCUUGGGGGCUCUGCCCCUGAGCAUAUUGCCUCCACCCGACCGGCUUCGCGCCCACCUACGCGUCUUGCGACUUCCGCAUCCACUUCCUUGAUGGGAUGGUCCUCGGGCCGAGCCUCUUUGUGCAUUUCGAGUUCGAGGGGUCGAACGGGUACGUGAUUGAGGCGGGGGGUGGCCACCUCGGACCUGCGCGCUGCUCUCUGUCCUUUCCCGUGCUGCCUCUCGGUCUAGUCCUCUUGAGUUCUUUUGAGUUCUGUUUGAGGGGAGCGGCCGCCCAUGCCCCAGAGGGGGACGAGGGCGCCGCUCUCACAGUGCCGCCUCCGCAGAGCGGGGGCGCGUGGAGGUGGGGGGGCGGCCUCUCUCUCUCCGCCCGGGCCCGCAUGCGCGCCCGUCUGUGGACCCGCCGUUGGGAAUAUAGGCUUUCGAACGCGCCGAUUUCGGCUGGGUUUUGCUUUGGCCCCCCACGAAGCGUCCUUCCUUGGGGGUUCCUGGGCGCAG